AGUUCAACCUGGUGAACACAGACUACAUGUAGUUGAACGGUUAAAUAAGAAAAAUUCUUCGAUUUAAAGGGAAGAACCAAAGUAUUCAAAAAAUUCUUUCUCAUCAUUCAUCACUUCAUUACUGACUCGGAGCAAAAAAAAAAACACAAACAACUUAGGCAACAAGACACUAACUGAGGUUAAUACUAAACAACUUCCAACACUUUUCAACAUUUCAAUUGAGUUGUUAAGAGCCGCCUAAACACUGUGUAAGUUGUGUGUGCAAAUUACGGAAAAAUACAAAAUAGAAUUCAUACCAGAAGUACUUACUUACUUACAACUAGUGUUUGAACGAAGUCAUCCAAGUGUAUAUUUGUUUUAUUGAAAAAGAAAUGUCUAUUUGAGUGUCGAACAAACAAACAUAUGGCAAGGUUUGCUAUGUUGUGUGCUUCGUCAUAUGAAAAUGCAAUCUAAUCCUUUAUUCAAUGCAAAUCUAUAAGAAAUGGUAAGUGGGCCAAUUAUCAUGGCUAGCAAUGCGCUACAACAACAUUCAAGAUCAAAACAACAAUUGGUACGAUUAUCCCGAUUUACACAUCAUGACCAUCAGACCCAUCAUGAAUUAAAGCGGACACAACGUGACAUUCACUCUAACUCAUAUCCCUAUAGCAAACAACAGUUUCAACAGAAACGUGAAACUAAAUACGCUCGAAGUAAGAAUUUUAACGUUGGCAAACAUUUACAGUUAUUGUUGACAUCAUCACCUCGGUUAAGAUUUGAAUCUUUAGCAAUUUGGUUUCAGGUUUUGUUGAUUGUCUGCUGUUUGGGUAAUCAUGAAGUCUUCGGCGAAGGAAACGUUGGUUGCAAAUUUGUCCGUACCUUGUGUCUGGAAAACAGUGAAGUCUGUUUCGAUGACAACAUCUUUGGAAAAUGCUUACCAACCACUGGCGUCGAUAUGGAGGACAUUGAAAAAACCCCUCUUACGGAAGACCAAUCGCGAUUACUCGCCACUAUGCUCGAGGAAUUACAGGGCGCCGGGCUAGGCUGGGAUCAUCCCUAUGUGCAGUGUCGCAUUCAGGGCACUCUAUUCUCUAUGCAAAAGCACACACAACUACCACCUAAUCUCUGUGCUAAUUUAGCUCCUAUACCCACUGAUUUUGAUCCAGCUGGUGCCAUGGCUUUUGUACGUUUCACUCCUGCAGAUGAAAUAUUUUCCAACAAAUUGUUCUAUCCGCCCUUAAAGAAGCAAGGUCCCUCGUCAAAUGGCAUAAAUACAAUAUUUCAUAAAUUGCAAUUACAAGAUCGUCAAUUACGUAAUGAACCUUUGGAACUUACGCAAUUUGGCGAAUUCGAUACACAUCGUGAAUCUCAAAUGAAUCCUCCUAAUGUUAUGGAUGUAUUUCUGGAACAGGAACGUGAUCGCAUACAAAGAGAACAGGCCCAACGGGAGGCUGAAUUGGUGCAAGAACAAAAACAGGCUCUUAAGAAUAGUAUGGAACUGUAUAAGAUUCUUGCUGAUUCUGAACCAGAUCCCCAGCCUUAUGAACGUACACCCGAUAGAGUUGUGGAACAACUUGAAACUUUGCCUUUACCAGCAGGUGCCCCUGUCUAUGUGCCUGACGAACCAAACGAUACAAAUGAAUUGUAUUUUCCAGACAACUUUGGUCCUUAUAAACGUACCAGUGCUCGUAAGGGUGUCGCUAGUCCCCAACAAGAACAAAGAUCGUUUUUCCGUGAAUUGGCUUUGGAAAAAGGUUUAGAGCAACAACCUCCCUUGUUUAACAAUGUACAGUUACAAGAACCUUUGGAUAGUAAUGAAAUUUUAACUUUUAAACGUAGACCAGCUCCAGUUGAGGAUGAUUUACCCAAUACCCUCGACAUAGAGGAAAGUCUUUUUAGAAAUUCUUUAACACCUUUGGAGGAGGAAGCCAUGCUUUCUUCAAAUGCCUAUCCCAAAAAGUUUAAGCAUCACAGACCAGAAAAGGUAUUCACCGAAGGCGGUCUAAUAUCCAUGACCGAAGAACAAGAAUUGGAUAAUGCUUAUGAUAAGGAGAGGCGCAAGGAGAAGGCACGUGAAUUACUGGCCAAUAUGUUGGGUUUUACACGACACGAACGUUUAGAUGUUAAAAAACCAGGACCUUUAGUGGGACCACCACCUUCAGCUAAAGAAGAUCUUAGUCGUAAGACCAAUGCCACUGAAAACAAAGAACAUUUGCCGAUUCAUAUUAAAGACAGUAAUGAAGCGAUUAAGAAGAAGAAAGUCGUCAAAGAACAUUCAGAUGAAGAUCAUGCUCCUCACACUGUAGACACCGAAUAUGCUCAUGUGUUUGUAAAAAACCCUAUCGACAGUUGGAGUGAUGGUGUACGCAUUAUGAAUGAAUUGGCGAAUAUUUUACAUAUGCAGGGAUACUUUACUUAUUUAACCGUUCAACCGCAUGAAGUUUCAUUCCGGGUGGACUCAAACAAUCCCGAACACAAGACCGCCACCGAUAUUGCUCGUGCUAUUAAUGAAAAUCGAGGCGUUAAGAAUAAUAUUCUACGACGUCUGGGUGUCACUGUUGUGCGAGCUGGUGUUGGUGAUAAAAUCAAACGUGACGAUGACGGCGGUGUCUCUGCCGCACGCAUCGAACUGGCCGAUCAGACACCGGACGUAACUCAUAUUAUGGUGUUUAUGUUUGCUGGUGCUGGAGCUGCUGCAAUAAUUGUCAUUUUCAUAACAUUGAUCCUAAUCAAAAGACAUGACAAAAAACGCGAUAAAUUGGGUGGCCUCCAAUCAGGCAUAGCCGGUGCCGAGAGCUGCAGUAAGGAUUAUCAGGAUCUGUGCCGUGCUCGCAUGGCCGGUAAAGGAAAUUCUGCAGAACCUGUCGCCAGUGGACGCAUAACAUCGCUGAGUAAAGAAAAUGAUAGACCACCAUCUUCGCGUUCCAGUACUUCAUCUUGGAGUGAAGAACCGGCUUUGACUAAUAUGGAUAUUUCAACGGGUCAUAUGGUUUUGUCCUACAUGGAGGAUCACUUAAGAAACAAGGGUCGUUUGCAAAGAGAAUGGGAGGCUUUGUGUCGUUAUGAAGCCGAACCAAGUGCUCGUGAUGCAGCUCUACAGCCCCAAUGUGCAAAUCUGAAUAGACCUGGAGCUCCACUUCCUUAUGACCACUCACGCGUUGUACUCAAUCAUUUGGCUAAUGCUGAAGGCUUAGAUUAUGUCAAUGCUUCGACAAUUACCGAUCAUGAUCCUCGUGCCCCUGCUUAUGUAGCUGCCCAGGGACCAUUACCUUCUACUUUGGCCCACUUCUGGCAAAUGAUUUGGGAACAGGGUGCCGUAGUCAUUGUGGCCUUGUGUCGUUUACAAGAAAACGGUGAAAUUGCCUGUGCUCGUUAUUGGCCUGAAGAGGGAGCUGAGGUUUAUCACAUCUAUGAGGUUCAUUUGGUUAGCGAGCAUAUUUGGUGUGACGAUUAUCUCGUGAGAUCUUUCUAUUUGAAGAAUUUACGCACAAGUGAAACACGCACAGUUACACAAUUCCAUUUCCUAUCAUGGCCUCAGGGUGGUGUACCAGCACAAGCUAAAGCCUUAUUGGAUUUCAGAAGAAAAGUUAAUAAAUCCUAUCGCGGUCGUUCUUGUCCCAUUGUGGUACAUGGCAGUGGUGGUGCUGGUCGUACCGGUGCCUAUAUUUUACUCGACCUCGUUUUGGGUCGCAUGAACAAGGGUGCGAGAGAAAUUGAUAUCGCCGCCACUUUAGAACAUUUAAGAGACCAAAGAGCCGGUUUAGUGGCCACAAGACAACAAUUCGAAUUCGUUUUAAUGGCUGUAGCCGAAGAGGUGCAUGCGAUAUUAAAGGCCUUACCAGCGAACACAUCUAACGAUAAGAAGGAUGUUGAACCCAGGGAAACGGGUGUCUUAAAGGAAGAAGAAGAGGCAGCCUCAACAUCAACAACCGAAACAGCGACAACAGUGAAAUCUAAAGAUGAAAAGGAAAAAGAAACAACAUCAAGUGCUUCGGCGAGCAAAGAUAAGGAAUCAUCAUCAAAACAAACGCCGGUAAAACAAACCACAAAAACGGAUGCCAAGAAAAAGUAAAAAGGGAAGAAGAAAUAUUUUAUUUUUUUGUUUAUAUCAAUUGGUCGCUUAAAAAAUUUGUGUAAGAUUAUUUUUCAUUAUUCUAAAAAUAUUAUAUUAUUUUGUUUAAUUUUUUU